GGGGGGGAACCAAGGAUUCUUUCUCUUUCAGUAUAACAUACCCUUUUUGCUUAUCUCAUAAAGUUUUCACUUAUGCAUAUUCUAAAAAGAUCUCAAGGAAAAGGACAUAGGACAUAAAAUGCCUAGUUAUUUUCUCAGAGUCAUUUGGCCACAUUUCCUUGCUGUUUAGCUGUAUUAAAGGUAUGAAAAGGAAAUGAAAAUAUAAAGGCCCAGUCAACAGUGCUGUAGUGUUAGUCGUCUCUGUUUACAUUCCCAGGCCUGCAGUUGUGAGUUUUUUUCAUAGUUAUUUGAAUGUCUGUAUUUCAGCUGUAACUUGAUUGGUGGUUUCUCUUUGUUUUUAAAUUUAUUAAGUUGUUUUUUUGAGCAGUAUGGUAAAAAUGAAGACUGUUAGAAUGCUCAGUUUGUUCUUCAUUCUAGAUAGAAAGUACACUGCAAAUGUCUAUUCCUUUCCUUGUACAGUCUUUCAAAAUAGGUUUGGCACCAUUCCAAUAUACUCAUCUGAAAGUAGUUCUAGUGUUCAUAAAUAUUAGUGUAAAUGAAGAUCUGAAUUUUGGAUGUUUCAGUCAAUAAAUUUUUGGGAAGGCUUCUCACAGGUCUUCCCUAUAUUAAUUUUCCUCGUGGUGGGUUUGCUGCAGUGGACAGCUGAUGAGGACAACUUGUUGUUUAAUGUGACAAAUUGUUGUAUCCAUUCAGAACAUUUUUUUCAUUAUUCUUAUGUAACUCAGUAGUCUAAAUAGAAUUUAUCUGUGCCUGGAAACUUAUGCUCUUUUAGAUUUCAUUUAUCCCUUAACUUUAUCACUGUGUAAAACUAAUGAGAUUAAAGAUUUAGGACAAAUCAGAUGGGGGAAUUUAUUUUUGGAUUGAUUGUCCUGUACUACCACUAGGACUUGUAAAUAGGUUGUCCUAGUUCUACCUCCUUUGUAGGAAUAUUAUAAUUUUAUAUUACUAGUCAAAGAAUAACAUUAAAGUUUAAUGCAUGAAACAAAGCAGAUGUAGUCCUUAAUUUCAGGUCUUUGCUGUCACAUGACAUUGCCUAUUGACUUCAUUUAUCUGUUGCAAUUCUGACAUUGUAUCUCUUCAUCUGCAUUUUCCUAGUAAGUAUUUAAUUCAUUCUCUCUGAACAUGUUAUUUUAUGUUUUCCUGUUUAGUAUCUUAUUCUGCUGGUGGGUGUAUGUGUGUUUUAAUUCUUUGGUCCUUUCUCUGAAAGUAUCUUCUAAUAAUAUGUCAUCACUGGCUUACUGUUUACUUCAUACAACCUGUAGGCUUUGGAUACUGAAUUUGCCUCAGUAAAACUGCUGGAUUUUUAGAUGCCAGAUCUGAUGGUAUUGCUUAAGACCUGUGUUAGCAAUCCUGUUGCUUAAAUUGUGUGAUUAGUAUUAGAGGUGUUUGAAGGUCAUGCUUUUCUUCUCAGUUUCAUUCUUCCUGUAAGUGUGGACUUCUUAUCUGUAGGCUUAGUUUUGUAAAACUCCAGUGGAAUCAGCGAAGAAGCUGAGUAGAGAUUAAGAGUAGGCUUGUAUGAAGUCAAUCUUUUUCUUCUUUUUUUUUUCAUACUUAACUCUUCUUCAGUAUGCUGUUUUGCAGUAUUUUUAGUUUUGAUGAGACUGUUCUAAGAAAGAAUAUUCUGAAGUCUAAAUGUUUGGCCAGUUGGUUCCAUUAUCAUGAAUUCGAUUAACUUUUGUUAUGAGCUUAUCUAGAAACAGCAAUGUACAAUAAAUUGGACAAAUGUGAUGCUAAAAAAUUUCUGCUCUGAAGAGCUUCCAGUUAAAUAGGCAAGUUAUUCAACUAGUGGCAAAGGGAUUUGAUCAACUGUUCCUGCAGUAUUUUUUAUUACAGAUAGAUGACUUGACUGUUUAUAAGCCAGUGCUGCUUAAUAUCCACAAAAUUAUGAUCCUUGGAGAAUUACAGCUGUUCUUAUUGUCUCUGCAAUUUUACUGACAAAGAAGAAAUGAUGGCAGAUGAUUUAGAAAAAUUUAUUGAGGAUCAGAAGGCCAAGCUGGCACAAGAUAAGGCAGAACUUGAAAAUGAUCCACCUUACAUGGAAAUGAGGAAUAAAGAAUCGGACAAGCUUUCUGAGACUAGCAAAAUGUUGAUUUCCAUGGCUAAAGAAAAUAUACCUCCAAAUAGUCAACAGAACUGUCCUUUAGAUAAUAACCAAAAUCUGCAUGGGAGCUGCUUCUCCAGCUUGCAAGGUGACUAUGGCUUGAGUUUACCUCUUGGAGAAGAAUAUGAACGGAAAAAGCAUAAACUAAAAGAGGAACUUCGACAAGAUUAUAGGCGAUAUCUUUCUCAGAAAAAUUACUUGACUACUGGUGAAGUAGAUCCAUAUACUCAGGGAUUAUCUCUUCCUAUUGAUGAGCGGAGGUCUGCCAAGGAGAAACUACGGCUUGAAAGAAACAAGGAGUACAAUCAAUAUCUCAGGGAUAAAGAAGAAUGGAAUGAAAGGCUAAGGAAAUUAGGGAAGAAAAACACAGAGCAGGAGACAGACAGAAAUAAAAAACCUAUUGCUGUCACCAAGCUCCAGCCAGAGCUGCGUACGCAAAUACAGCCCUAUAGUACAGGUACAGAACCUCGCAAGAAAGAUGCCUUUACUUCCACAGAAAGUUAUGAAGAACUGCUAAAAAAGAGACACCUGGAGGAAGACAGGUAUCAUAAGCUAGAUGAUGAGGCUGAAGUAAGAAGCAGACUAUUGCAUAAAAAGCUUGAUGAAGAUUUGGAUGUUCCUGAAAGAAGACAUCGUGGAUUUGCUAGCCAAUCUGGUAUUCCUGUUAGGAGGCAUCACCGAGUUGAUGAAGAUCGUAGUUUUGAUAGAAGAUACUACAGAAUGGACUAUGAUCCUGAAAUAAGUGAAGGAGUGGACUCUGGAUUUAGAUAUGAAAGUGAUUAUGACAGAAGGCCUUCACAGGUUUUUUAUGCUGAAAGGCCAUAUCCGGAUGCAAGAGUAAGAGAUCUGCCUGCAGGUUAUGAAGAUGAAUUAAAGGAGAGAUCACAUGUGCAACAGAUCUCAGGAACUGAAAAUAUUAGAAAUCAGGUGCAAGUUAGUACUUCAGCUAGUGAACAGGCAAAGUCUGCAGCUGAAAUGCCAUAUGCAACAGGCCUUGUUCUUGGUGGUCAGGACCGAGAACUUCUCCAAAGGAAAAAAGAGAAAUACAGACAAGAACUAAUUGAACAGAUGGCUGAGCAACAGAGAAAUAAAAGACGUGAAAAGGAACUUGAACUCUCAGUUGCGGCUUCUGGAGCGCUAGACCCAGAAAAGAAGCCAAACAGACUGAAGCAGUUUGGCUUGAUGGCAAGAGCUUCUGAAGAGAAAGCACCACCUGAAAGGCCUAGGGUUGCUUUCCAAACCCCUGUGCCCAACUCUUCUGUCUCACCAGUGAAUGAAGACUUUCAGAGAGGUUUAUCUAGCACCCUUGGUGAAAUAGUGGCUCCCAGGCUUACAGCUAUGCCGCCACCUCCACCACCAGCUUUGACAGACAACUAUAGAACGCCUUAUGAUGAUGCAUAUUACUUUUAUGGGGCUAGGAAUCCUUUGGAUCCCAAUCUUGCAUAUUAUAGCACAGCUAUGAUGGGAAUGCAACCCACACCUAAUUUGGAUGUUCCUUCAAGCCAAGCCCUGGCAGAGCAAUCCCUAAGUAACACUGGACAGAGGAAUACAGCAGAUAGACAAAGAAACGUAGGAGUAUUUUCUGAAGAAAAAACAAAGCCUUCCAAAGAGGCAACGUUAUCUUACCAACAAGAACUGCAACAGCAGAUAAGAGAGAGAGAGGAACGACGCAGGCAAGAGAGAGAGGAAAAGGAACGCUAUGAAGCAAAGUUAGAAGCUGAAAUGAGGAAUUACAAUCCCUGGGGAAAAGGUGGUGGUGGUGCUCCUCUCAGAGAUACAAAAGGAAAUCUGAUAACUGACUUGAAUAUGAUGCACAAGCAGAAUGAAGAUGCGUAUCAUAAUCCAGAGGCGAGACUAUAUGAAGAUAAAAGGGCUAUUGUAUCUGUUGACCUAAGUUUGGCCUCCCCAAGACCUGAGAACACAGAAGCAUCUACAAAUAAGAUAGCAGGUUUUACAUUUGCACAGACCUCUCCUUUUGCUCGAGGUAAUGUGUUUGGUGAGCCACCAUCUCCACAGCAUCUUAAGCGACAAGAGUCAUACAAGAACUUUCUUCGUCUACAGAUUGAAGAAAAGAGACUUAGGGAAGAAGCAGAGCGAGAAAAACUUAGAAUGGAAGAAGAAAAAGAAGAAAAGCGACUAGCUGAACAGAGGAUGAGAAUUCAAAAGGAAUAUGAAGAUGAACAGGAAAAGAAAAGAAAGAAAGAGGAGGAGCAAAGAUUGAAAAAUGAAGAAAUAAUUCGGUUAGCUGAAGAGAGGCGAAAAGAGGCAGAAAAAAGAAAAAAAGAAGAAGAAGAAAAGCAAGAUGAACUACUUAAACAAUAUUAUGAGAGAGAAAAAAUUGCAAAGAUAGAAGAGGAGAAAAAGAUGUUCUCAGCGCAACCUUCUCCUGUCAUUCCUGCUCUUCAGAACAAAUCAAUAAGAAAAGAAGAGAGAAUUUCCUCUGCUGAAAGCCAUAUAUCUUACUACGCACAAGAUCCUCCACAACUGAGGGCUCCUUCUCCACCGGUCCCUGCUAGAAGAAAUCAGUUGCGGGCAUUUGAGGAAAGAAUGAAUGUGAUAAAUGAAUUAUCAGAGAUGAGGAAACAGCUUCGCAGUGAAGAGAGGCGACUACAGGAACGGUUGCUAAAUGUGGCUGCUGCUGAUGAUGAAAUACCGAUUACAUGCAGGAGGAGAGAGAAUAAUCCAAAGGACAUAUUCGAGAUGGCCAGGCUUCGUCUGCAGGCUCCUGUAAGGCGACCUUCGUCAAAGGAUGCACAAGAUCCUGUCAAUAUACAGAAUAUCUGGGAAUUUAAUGAACUUAAAUACAAAGAUUCCGAUACACGUAUAGGCUUGAGGCACAUGUAUCCUGAUCCUCCAAAAGAUGAUCAGACCCUAGAGAUUCAGCAGCAGGCACUGUUGAGAGAGCAGCAGAAGAAGCUUGACAGAAUGAGAACGAGGAAAGAAACAGAAGAGCAAGAUGAUUCUGCUUCUGGCUAUAACCCACAAAAGGCAGGACUGUUCAGGAAUGAAUCUAAUGAAUUCUUGAAAAAUUCACUGUUGGAAUCUGAUAGUGCUUUUAUUGGUGCUAAUGGGGAAACAUUUCCUGCCUUAGAAGUUAAUCUAUCAUCGCAGCUUCCACCAUCUGCAAGGGAGAAGAGACGAAUAAAGAAGAAAGCAUUGGAGAGUAAUGAGGAUGUUCCAUCAGGCCAAACACCAUUGCCACAGCCUGACAGCUUCUCUUUGCACUCAAGCUCCAGCCUCAAUGUCGAUCAGUUGAAAGGCAAGAAUGAAGAACGAUUGCGCAGACUGACUGUGCUCCGAAGGAAAUCUGCUCACUUAGGUGAUAACAUUUCCUUAGGAGAAGAUGAUGACCUUUUGAAGCCUGUUCCACCCAAAGAUGGCAGGCGGCCCCGUUCUGUUGACACCAUUGCAACGGAGCCCUGGCUGCGACCGGGAACAUCUGACACCCUUGAAAGGUUCAUGGCUGAACAGCCAAGCCCAGCUAAGCUUUCGCCUGAAAACACGGUACCACUCAGUUGGCAAGGCCUCUCAACUGCACAUGGCUGAAUAAAAUCCAGGUUGAAACCAGCUGUGCCUUUCAUCAGAGAAGGGACUGUUCAUCACUACUGCACUUUUUAUGGUCUCUUGUAGGGAAUAUUUCUAUUUUAUGUAAAUGGUGUGGAGCUGUAAGGAUAAUUUAAAAAAGCAAUACUAAAGUAACAAAAGCUGCAGUGUAACUGACUUACAUAAAAGGCAACUCUUGCACAAGGAGUGUUUUAUGUUACAUCAUGAUGGAAGGGGAGGAGUUUAGCAUUUUUUGCACUUUUUAAUGAGAGUUAGUUUCAGCCUCAGAAAUGGAUUUACAGAAAAAAGUUUGUGUGUGUGUGAAUUUGGUAUUAAAUCAAAGUUAAUUUUUAGCUCUGUUUGUUUAGAGCCAUUUAAACUCCAAAACUAUCAUCUGCAAAUACAGUAAUCCAACAGCAGAGGUGUUUUACCAAAAGCAUAAAUAAUUGACAAGAGCACUUGCUUUUCAUACAGUGAUAAGUUGUAUACUGCAUGAAAUUUCAGAAAACAGAGUUUUAUGGAAAAAAAAUAUAUAUUAUACUGUAUCUUAUGUUCCCUAAUCUAUAUGUGCUGGAAAUACAGAUGCUGUUGCAUAUAUUUAAUUUAUGGUCCUGAUUUAAGAGUUAAUAAAUUAUUUUGUUACUAAAAGUUAAA